GCGGCGGCGGCGGCGGCUUCGGCACGGAGGGCACCCGCGUUGAUGCCGAGAUCGCCGGGGUCUCGGCAGCAUGCCCAUGCUCGGCACUCAGCAGCAGCAGCGAUCCCGGGACCGGGGUCCCAGGGGUAUCAAGCAACAAGCCCGAGCCACGCCGCUGCAUGGGCGCCACCGGCGGCGGAGUCUGCGAGGGGAAACUCAUGGCACCGCCGAAGUCCAUGGAAAAGUGCCCAUGAUCCAUGGUGCUGUUCAGGGCUCCCGACCCGAAGAGCGCAUGGUAAGCAGUCGAUGAGGGCUGAUCCGGGCGCUGGGGAGUUGACAAGGGCGGAUGAUGCAUGUGGCGCAUGUGUGAGGGAGUUGACGACGGAAAGGCGUCAUAAGUGCUGGACCGGCCCGGGGUGCUGAUGAAGGACAGCCCUCCGCCAGCCGAGGGCGCGGAGUUGCCCCCGGCGCCGGUCCCACUCCCGGAAGGGGCGCCAACCGGCGAGAAGAGCGGUCGCCCAGGGAGGAAGGUGGCCCGCGCAUCGGCCACCCCCUGGGGAGAGAUCAUCAUCGCAUCUGAGGGGGUCGACGUCGAGCUCCGGCCGGCGGAGGGGCGUGUCCGAGGAGCCACCGGUGUGGCUGCCACAUCGGCGAGGGCCGACGCGCGACGCUCGGCCGCCACCGCGUCCAGCAACGACCAGGCGCCACUGCCACCGUUGGAGCUUCCCGGCGGAGCAGCCGGGAAGAGAGACCGGUAGACAUCCGGGCCGGCGUCGGAGAGAUCCGACAGCGGGGAGGACAUCAAGGAGGUGGAGAGCAUCAAUGAAUCCGGCAGCGGAUAGUCCGGCGAGCUGUUGGCCAAAAGGCGCUGAAUGGCGCGAAAGUCGCUGCCAGGAAGUGGGGCACGGGGCGGCUGCUCGGCGCCGUCCACCGGCGAAAAGAGCGGCCGUACGGGACCCCCAGCCCCGAGUGCCGCCUCCGGGGUUUCCACAUCCGAGGGCGAAGAGGAAAAGGAGGCAGACGGGGGGCUUGGACGGCCGCGUUGGCGCUGUCGCAGCGGCAGAACCGGCGGCCCGGUAGGCCGGGCACCGGCAUCGGGCGUUGGUGUCCGUGCGGCCGUGGGGCUUGGCAGCGAGAGAGCCCCCGAUCUCCGGCCUGAGGGUGGUGGUGGGGUUUGCAGCGGAUCCGGCGAGGGGGAGGAGGAGGAGGGGCCUCGAUGCGUGCCGGUACUCGCGACAAAGAGACCCUGCCCGGCAUCGAGGCGUUGAUCGGAGAGUUGCUGGGAAAAGCUGUCACGGUUGGAUUGGAUACGCGCGACUCGCUGUUGUGGACGAGCCGGAGGCCCCCCCGAGCCCGGGGCAAGGGCAGUAGGCGGAGGAGUGAUGGUCGAUGCGGCCGCCGGCCGGGAGGGAACCGCAAGCGACGGCGGCUCACCGUCCCGCGGCAGGAGGGUGCCCGCUCCGGAAGGAGUGGUUGCCUCGUCCAGGAGCAGAUCCCCGGGAGCGAGUACCGGAUCCGGGCCCUUCGGCCGGCUGCCCAGGUCGGCUUCCGGGGAGGAGUGGAGGGAGCCGGCGUCGGCCGGGACGCGUCGCCGGCGAUUGCGCCGUGCCAGCCGGGGCGGAGAAGAGGACCGCCAUUCCGACGUGUGCUCCGGCGUCAGCGACGGGUCGUCAGCCAGAGACGGCGGGGGAGAUGAGUGGCCGCCUGGAGGGUCCAUGGCGGCGGGAGGAAAGGAGAUGCACAAUCAGGGCGGGAUGCUUCGAAGGGGGAGAGAGAGGGAGGAGCAACGAAAGGAAGGGAGGAAGAACAAGAGGACACGGAGCGGAAAAGGGAAGGUGCG